UCGUUAAUAGUUGAGAGUUUCGGUGCCCCUGGGUGUCAACGACGAAGUUUUACUCUCAGUCCGGUAGUCAGGUCGACGGCCCUGCGAGCAGGUCUCUCUGCUCUCCUCCCUGUGUUCAAUUUUUUUUUCGGUUCAGGUGGACGCUCUGCAUCUCCACUGUCAGUAUGUCUCCGUCCACGUCCCCCCGGUUAUUCAUGGAGAGGGAGGUGGCCCGCCACUGCACCAAGGACUCCUGCUGGGUGCUGCUGGGGACCAGGGUGUACGAUGUGACCUCUUUCUUGCGGAUGCACCCCGGCGGGGAGGCGCUGAUACUUCGACGGUCAGGCAAGGACGUGAGCCGGGAGAUGGAAGGACCCCCACACCGGCACUCGGAGAACGCCCGGCGCUGGAUGGAGCAGUACUACAUCGGGGAGCUGGACAGAGACAGCGGCGCCGACGAAGCACAGACUCUGAGAGAGAGGAGGAAGGCCAGUGAGCAGACAGAAGAAAAGAUGGCAGAAAAGACGACAGACAAGAAGAUGAAAGAGGAGGAUGUGAAUGCCGCGUACAACCGCUGCAGCCCUGUGGACCUGGACAAGGAUUUGGUGGACUGGCGGAAGCCCCUGGCAUGGCAGGUGGGCCACCUUAGAGAGAAAUAUGAUGCGUGGGUUCACCAGCCAGUCGACAGACCAAUCAGACUGUUUGGAAACCCCUUCCUGGAAGCCAGCACCAAGACUUCAUGGUACUGGGUGCCAGUGGUGUGGCUUCCUGUUGUGUUUUAUUUCAGUUGGCACUGCUACACCACCCUGGCUAAGGGCACUACCAGGCUAGAACUCACUUCAGACUUCUCUAUCCCGAUCCAUGUGCACAUUUUCCCACUGCUCUUUUUGUUGGGCUGGUUCUUGUGGUCAUUGGUCGAGUACUGCAUCCAUCGCUUUGUCUUUCACAUGAAACCCCCAGCUCAUAACUACUACCUCAUCACUCUGCACUUCCUCCUGCAUGGACAGCACCAUAAGUCUCCGUUUGACGGCUCUCGGCUGGUCUUCCCCCCCGGCUUGGCCUCCUUAAUGGUGGGAAGUUUAUAUCUGUUCCUCUGCAGCACGCUGCCAGUCAUCCUCGGGACAUCGGUGUUUGUCGGAGGACUGUGUGGCUACGUGGUGUAUGAUAUGAUCCACUACUACCUUCACUACGGCUCGCCAAAGAGAGGCUCGUAUAUGUACAAACUGAAGGCCUACCACGUCAAACACCACUUUGAGCACCAGAGAGCAGGUUUUGGAAUCACCACCAAAUUCUGGGACCACCCCUUCAACACAGUCAUCCCCGAUGAGAAAUUCUAAUGCAGAAAUGGCUCUCCUGUAGGGCCAUAGGACUUAUCAACCCUCCUGAGCAACCAGCACACAUCAUAUAAGCGGUUCACACACAGUUCAUUCAAUCUCUGCAGCCAUUGCUUUCACAACAAAGGAGGAGUCUCCACUUCUGCGGACAUAUCAUCCUGCUUUUUUAUUCCAGCCAGCAACACAGCUUUUUGUGUAUUUGUGGACCAGUCCGCACUGUAUCCGCAUCAUCAUGCACAGUUGUAAGGCCUUUCUGUGCCAUUCUUUAUAACCAAACCAACAUUUACUACUGCUUUGCUCCUCACUGCACCGACCUCACCAGCCAAAGCAUCACCUGGCAGCCAUUCACAACAUCAUAAUGUACAGCUAGGAGGUGUCAUCUAUGUAUUUUGUUUGUUGUGGUUAAAUUGAAUUUGAAGGAAUUAGAUGAUUCCUCUAUCGCUGUAGAAUACUGCAGAGCACAUUCAAAACUAUUCACACUCAUUGUGAUUGUCAUUCACUCAAAAUACAUGCUCUUUCACUGGUUCCUAAGAAUGCCAACAGCAUAAGACAAAUAACUGUACACCCACAUUACCAAUGGACACACACACACACACACACACACACAUACACACUUUCGUAGCUCCCUUCAGAGGACAGAGGGUAAAAGAAGUGAAAGAUAGUGGAUGAAUGUGGAAGACUGAUAAGGAAUUGGAUGGGACAGAGAGACAGAAAGUGUGUGAGAGAGUGUAUGUAGAGACUGAGCAAGAGAGAGCCCCCAAACUGUUGAACCAACUCAGGACCGUCAACAGAAGUUCCCUCCACCAUGAUUGGCCUCACUGUAGUUUUUUAAACAGCUGUGAACAGCUGCGACUUAUUUGGCAAUUUAGAUUUCAUUUAUUAUCAGCAAAGCUGCAGAACUGAAACUAUACUGUAGAGCAUUAAUGCAAUGUACUCUUGAUGUCAUGUGAAACAGAGCCUGAAAUGUGGAGAUAUAUUUUUGCGAGUCUUUUGUAAUAUUUCCUCCAUUUUCUUUUCUUUUCGUCAUUAAUGAUACAAAAAGAUAAAAAUAUUAAAAAAAUAUUUUGUAAGAUGCUUUGUACAGAAGAGGAGAUUCUUUUUGCACCAGCUUUAAGUCGUCAGAGAGAGCAGAUAUUUUCUUAUUGGUUAGACAUUACGAAAAUGCAUGUAGAUAUAAAGGUGGAUGGAUGUAGUGUUUCAGAGGGACAGAGUAAAGGCAUGAAGCCAGCCUGUCGGACUUCCUGCUGUGGGGAUCUUGGGGUCAAAGGUCACAGAUUCAGCUAGGUGACAAGAGUGGGUUUAUUUUCUCCAGACCCCCCUUCAGGUCCCACUCCGUCCAAUUAAAGCCAUUUUUUUUUAGUGGCCCUGCAGAUCCCCGCAGAUUGACGAUGGAUCAGCCAUCUGACUGGACAGCAGCAGGUCUUGAUGGUGACUGGCGGAUCCUCAAAAUGUCUCUUCUAAACACUCGACAGCAACACUGGUAACUACAGCAGAACAACUUUAAUUAAAACAAUUUAUAUAAAUAG